UAUAAGCAAUGCUAAUAUUAAAACCAAAGAAGCGAUGGCACAAGGUGUGGGCAUGGUGAUAAACAUGGCACCAGAAAGAGCUACAGAUGUAGUAUCUAAAGAGACAAAAGACAUGACACCUGAGAGAGCAGAAGAUGUAACACCAGAAGGAGUAGCUAACAUGACACCCAAGGGAGAAACAGACAUAACUGAAAGAUAA